AUGAACUGCUCAAGCCCCAUCUCUCUAUUCACCCGAUCACAUAACAACGAUUAUCUCACCGGGACUGUACAAGACAUCCAAGGCCGCUGCCAUGACAGGAAGUUCGCUGCUGCUGCAAAAGCUGCCUGUGGUUAUACCGUAGAGUCUCCACAGGAGAGUGUAGACGAAGUGGCAUUGUAUCAUCUCCUCACAAUGCUAAUGAAUGGAACCAGACCAGAUGUGGAGGAUUAUUCCGUAUCACUCGCUGCGGAUGUUGCUGCGGCUUACUACAAGGUGGCACUGAAGAAAGUUUAUCGACGAUGUGAGCGUCAAUGCUGUAGAGACAUGCUUUGUCCAACGUCUACCAGGAGUCUUCUCCCCUCACGUUGCCUGGGAACUCUCCGACGAGCAGGUCGAUGA